AUGUAUGGUGUAUCAAUUGAUACCUAGAUAUGUUUGAUGUUUGCAGCAGUUGCUAGAGUAUUGUGGAUGUGGGACACACAAUUAACAAAGCUAACUAUUUCAAUGAUCGAAAUUAUCUUGGCUGUAGGCAUGCACGCCUACAUUAUCUUCUUAUGCUAUUAGUACAAGGACACUAUUUACAAAGGCAUUAAGGAGAAAUACUUGAAGAGUCCUGUUCUCAUACUAGCGUGUGCAGUUUUUAGUGUUAUAUUACAUCCAGGCACCAAAGGAGACUUUUUCUUCACUCUUUAGAUGCUAGUAUCUUUCACAAUAUUCCUUGAGGCAGUAGCAUUAAUACCAUAACUACUACAUUUGAGACAAAACAGAGACCCAGAAGGAUUGACUUCGACUUACCUAUAUUGCCUUGGUGGGUCAAGAAGUGUUAGAUUCUUCUUUUGGAUAGCAAUGAUCACUAAUAAUGAUACAUUCUGGUACCUUAUACUUGCUGAUUUGAUUCACACUUUCCUCUUAAUCGGCUUCUUUUAUCUUUACAGAUAAACAUUAAAAUCAGGUGGGGGACCAAUUCUAGCAUUUACUGAUAAGAAGUAGUUUUGA